AUGCAUUCCACACUUACAUCCUUCAUCCUCCUCUCCACACCCAUCCAUGCCGCAACCACAGCGCGCAUCUGGACACACUUCUACCCAAGCUGCCCAGGCGAGCCGUUCGCAGACCUAAGCAGCUAUGAGAACUACGAAGAAACCGUCCCCACAUCAAAAAUCACGGCAGGAGUCUGCACACAAGUCGGCGUUCCAUCUUACGAACACAACCUCGUCAGUGCUAUCUCAAUAGAUGCCGAACUUCUUUCCAACGAAAAGGGUCACAAUUUCCCACCAGAGGAUGGUCCAAGCUGCAAUAUCACCAUCCACGAAGUCCCAGAAUGCAUCGAUGAACCCCUUCUCAACAAAGAAUUACACAACGGAGUCGAAGUGAGCCAGUGCCAUGAGCGAAACUUCGUUGCUUACAGCGACGUCUGGGUUCAGCUUAUUUGCGAAGGCGAACAAAAUGAAAACGAUCACCACAGACACCAUGAACAGCAAGAACAGACUGCUUCUGAGUCUCUCGAGGAUCAGGAGGAAGAUAUCCCACGCAUUGGGGAGACGACUUCCAUCCAGCAGUCAAGUGAUGUCCAGACACCCGGCUCGAAUGCCAACUCGUGGCACCUUGCACAGACAGAGAGCUCCGAGCGUGAACCUCUGCAGGAGAGUCGCGUGAACAAUGUUGGCCAUGAGGAGAGUGAGGCGAUUGUGCACCGGAUUAUGGAGGCUUUGAGGCAUAAGGCUCAUGGGAUGAACUUGGUUUCUGGGAAGACGAAUGCUACUCGGCAUUUGAAUGGAACUAUUCAUGCCAAUGGUACUGCGCCUGCUAACGGAACUAUUGUUUCGAGGCGGAAAUUGUCUGUUUUGCGGAACCGGGCUACGCGGUUGUAUUAG